AUGUCCACUCAAUCCGCGGACGCAGGAGCUUUGAGUUCAGAGACGGCGCUGAGUACGAGAAGUCUGCUGCAUAGCCAGCAUGUGAGCUCUGCCGGGCCUUCGUCGCUUCGUACGACACACGAGGCGGUCGACAACAAUGGCGACGCACAAGAGACGGAGGAAAGCACAAGUCUGGGCCAGGACACUCAAAUCACCGCCCGAUCGCAGCAAACGUCGGUAGCCCAGGAGCGCUCGACCACGUCUCGUCUGGACCGUGUCGCGGACAAAAUUCCUGUGCCCAAAGUGCGCUUCACCCAAGCAAGCCGGCUACAGCUUCGGGCUCGCGCCUCUCGACUUGCUGCCCGAGGUACCUUUCGGACCAAUAAAGCAAAGGACGGAGAGAUGUUGAAGGUCGACAAGAUGCUCAUUCGCAUUGAUAUUACUCAGCAAUUUCUUCGCGAGGACUAUGACGAGAAGCUCAGUCAAGGCGUGGAAACAAGAAGCGUGGACAAGUGGAGAGAAUUCAUGGUCGUCUGCAGGAAGCACUCCGAAGAGGACGCGGAAGCUGUGUUACAAUUCUAUCAGACCAGAGUCAUCACGGUAUCGGAGGGAGAGAACGUCAAGAAGAAGCCCAAGGUUCAGAUCUUGCUCAGUCAGAAACGCUCACACAUCAACUUGUACUCGGCUCUGGACAAGACACUUUGCUUGUGGUCCACCAAGGAUGGGAGGACCACGAUAUACUAUCUCCGAGCUCAAUCGACCGCGACAGCUUUGGACUGGUACACAUUUCUCCGGGGUGUGCUUGGAUACCAGCGAGCCGACACACUUCAGGUUAACAUCCCGGAUUUGAGCGUUAACCUCAGACUUGACGAUCCGUUCAGAGUGUCGGAGAAAUCUCAAACGCUGGCUGAUGCUGCCGACGGCAACGAUGAGGCUCUCGCCAAAGCCCUCACCGAUGAAAAGGGUGCCGCAGGAGCCAUUGUUGCGCGAUGUAUAGAGAUGUUGAAGCACAACCCGGAAUGGACUGAUGUAUUGACGUCCUGGGCGAAAAAUGAUCGAAUUGGUCUGGCCUGGAAGCGCUACGACCGACUGGAGUGGAUAUAUGGCUCAGUCGAACAACAAAUGUAUGGGUCCAUUGCUAUGGAACGAACGCACGACCUAGAACUGCGACCGAAGGAUCACUACCCUACGUACACGAAAGUACGCAAUAGUCCGCGACUGGAGGAACCGUCACCCAUAGAAGGGUUCCUCAUUCGUCUGACUUCUCAGACGGGAAAGGAGCAAAGAUUGGGGAAGAUGCUCUUCAAGCGUCUGUAUUUCGCAACGCAGAAUCAGUACCUCAUAUUCGUCCGACCCGCCGCAGCGCAUCCUCCACCACCACCGCGGAUGCCGACCACGCAGGAAGACGGUGCUGUCCCGACUGCAAAGCAAUUUGCAGAGCAAGUCCCGUUGGCGUAUGACAUCGAGCCGUAUCCUCUUCGAGAUGGGCGCAUUGCUUGGCUGGAUGCUGUUGGCGACAAAUCUCGCGCAGCAGAAGAAGAUUAUGACAGUGCUGCUGCGGCUGAAGCGGAGCGCAAUACGAACAUUCUGUUGGCAUGUGAUGGCUUUAUCGAUCUGUGCGAUGUGCAGACCGUGCGGGCCUUUGCCAAAGGCGCAACGCCCAUAGACGAUGCCUUGACCACUGGCGGCGACAAUGUGGACUUCCAUGCACCUGUGCCCGACAGUCGACGCGAGGACGGAAAUACUACAGACAUCGACCAUGAUCGUGUGAUUGAGCUCGUGCUGAAGAAUGGUCUGGUCAUCCGUCUCCAGGCUUACAACAAGGACGCCCGGACUGAGUGGAUGACUCGUCUCCAGCAACUCACAGAGUACUGGUCGCAACGCAUCACGGCGGACAUGAGCCUUUACCGAACCACUCGUGAUCAGAAUCUGCGCGAGCUCGGCAUCGACGAACGCGCCGAAGCGGUCGUCGGCCAAUUUGCUUACAAGUGGGAGGUGGGUAAAUCGUACGCUUCCCCAACCCUGUACAAUAUGUGCGGUAUCUCAGACUGCCGCACGAUCCAUAUGUCUGGUGCUCUAUUCCGCAAGCCCCGGAAGCACACCACAUUCACUCGCUGUCACGUCAUCUUGAGCCACGGACAUCUCCUCAUCUUCCAAGACACGCUCCGGAAACGCACUGGAAAGAAGCUAGUACACAUCCAUCACGAGCGUAUCGCAUCCAUGUCGCUGCAAGGCUGCUAUCUCUACUCCGGCUUGUUGACGGAGAACGACCUGCUGUAUCAAAACCAGACCUUCGACUCCAACGCGCCGGGUCACCACUCCCUUCCGCGUAUAUAUCUAGAAGACAACUGGACCAGUACGGACGAGGACGCGAUGACCACAUUUGUCAUCUGGCACCCGAAGAGCACUUCCUGGUUCAAAAGCUCCCACACUGUGGACGAUGUGAAAGCCCAGCAGCAGGAAAGCAGCUCCAAGAGCGAAGGCGGCGCGGUCAAGACAAAGCUCACGCGUGUCAGUCAGCUGGGUGCUACGGGACGGAGUGUGGUUUUCAAAGCCAGGAGUCGAGCGGAGAGAGAUCAUUGGGUGCUGGCUAUUCAGGUGGAGAUUGAGAGGUUGACUGAGCAGAAUGCUGAGUUGAGGCUUGUGGAUGAGGAGGGGAAGUGA